UUGUCAUCUUUCUUGUUGCUCCAUCUCUCUAACAUUACACUCUCUGUUUUGUAUGUUAGGUUACAGGAAGCCAAUGUCGCCUAUUUCAAAUUUUUGUUUCUUCUUCCUCCUCCUCUUCUUCUUAUCCUUCUCCUCCUCCUUCCUCUUUGCAUUGGGCGACGAAGCCAACAACUACAACAACAAUGACGACGAAGACGAACAACAAACAAUCAGAUUUGAUCUACUUCACCGUCACCAUCCACAAGUCUCCGAAAAGCUUAACGGUGAUAUGAAAAUCCAAGAUCUUCAUGAAAGAAUGAAAGACAUUCAUGAACACGACCGCAAUCGUCACCGCUCCAUCUCCAAAUCCAUGAACCAGAAGCAAAUUGAGGAUGCGAGGUUGAGGGCAGAGGCAGAGGCGGCGACACAGGUAGAGGUGGCAAAGAGUGCAAUACUUCCACCGGCAACGUCGACGCCGAUAGGAAUGAAAAUGAUUUCGGGUGCAGAUUUUGGGAGUAGUGAGUAUUUCGUACAAUUGAAGGUGGGAACACCGGCGCAAACGUUUAUGUUGAUUGCGGAUACAGGGAGCGAUUUAACGUGGUUGAAAUGUAGAUAUCGAAGGUGUUUUGGGAAUUGUAGCGGUAACGUGAAUCAUAAAAGCAAAAAUGAAAAGAAACAGAGAUUUAGACAUGCGUUAUUGGCGAAUCAGUCGUCUACUUUUAAGACAGUUUCUUGCAGCUCAACGAUGUGUACAAAUAAUCUUGCGGAAUUGUUUGCUGUUGCGGAAUGCGACACCCCAACUAGUCCUUGUGUCUAUGAUUACAGCUACGCAGGAGGUGCAAGUGCAAAGGGAAUAUUCGCAUGGGAGACUCUAACUGUAGGCUUAACAAACGGAAAAGAAAAACAACUCCGUAAUUCCAUAAUAGGAUGUACGGAAAUCGUCCAAGGCAACGUUUUCGAUGGAGCCGACGGUGUCAUGGGCUUAGGCACUAGCUCCUAUUCUUUAACUUACAAAGCCGCAGAAAACGCCAACGGCGGCGGCUUCUCUUACUGCCUUGUCGAUCAUCUCACCGAUCGAAGAGCUGUCAGUUACUUCGUCCUCGGCGUUCCUACCCCUUCCACUUCCGCCUCCACUUCCUCUGCUAAACCUCCCGCCAAAAUGUCCUACACCAAACUCUACGUUGGCGACCCUUACAGCAGCUUCUACGGCGUCGAUCUCAUCGGUAUCUCCGCCGACGGCCAAAUGCUCAACAUCCCUCCUCGUGUUUGGGACAGCUAUAAAGGCUGCGGUACCAUCAUCGAUUCCGGUACUAGUCUCACUGUGCUUGCCACUCCUGCUUUCGAUGUGGUAAUGGAAGUUUUGACUUCGAGAUUGAAGCAAUUUCAGCAAAUUGAGAUCGAACCUUUCAAUUUUUGCUUCAAUAAUAGCCAAUACACUCACGACAUGGCGCCGAAGCUCCGAUUCCAUUUCGGUGACGGAACGGUGUUUGAGCCGCCGACCAAAAGCUACAUUGUGUCGGUGGGGGAAUUCAUUAGUUGUAUUGGAAUCGUUUCGAUGCCUUUUCCGUCCCUCAAUAUCAUUGGAAAUAUUCUUCAGCAAAAUCACCUUUGGCAAUUUGAUUUCCAAAAGAGAAGAGUCGGUUUUGCCGCUUCCGAAUGCAUCUAAAAGAAAUAAUAAUAAUACAAACUUCAUCAUAAUUAAUUAUUUUCA